AGCAAGCAAAGUCAAACAUAGUAGCGCUCGACGUGUUGGCCAAGGACGUCUGUACUUCUCAGAAAGAUGUGUUGGAAGUUUUGAAGAAGAAUGAUGUGAAGACCUUGUCGGAAUGCUUUGCAGCAGAUCUCGAGAUGUUAUACUCGGCAUUGAGAGAAAUCCAGGAUUUCUGCGAGGAUUUCAAAGCGAAUGCGCGCGGGCCGCUCUGGAAUCUCAUACCAGGCUAUACUCAGAACGUCACGGACAAAGUUCAAGGGCAUCGAGAUCAUCUUAAUAAAGCCAGGGAACGCUUCCAGUUCAAUCGGUCACUCGAGCAAUCGCUAGUGGCUUAUGCGCAGAAAGAGUCGAUUCAUCGUAUGGAGAAACGCCUCGACAAAGUCGUCGAAUUACUUACGCAUUCGAAGGCUGAUACUCGUCCACGUCGAAACUCUGACUGUGGGACCGUGUCUACGGUCGUUGGGAAAGAUACGAGUCGAAGGAGUUCUCGUCACGCGCAAGAUGUCGGAAAAUCAGAGGCACGUCAUGAUCUUUCCUUUUGUUGCUCUGAGGAUACAAUACCAAGUCCAAUCUCGCGCAGUCGCCCGAGGCCUCGACAUUAAAGGUAACCGCUUCGCGAAAGCCCGCAAUGCACCGAACAAGGAAAAAGCCAGAGUCACUUAAAGCUUCGACUUCAUCAAAACCCACAGCCGGUCGGACCAAGAACAAACCAGAGCUGCAUGAGACGUCGACGUUGAGGACAACUGCUUCAAUAACGCCCAAUAUUGCCAGAACAAGAGACAAGCUAGAGUUGAGGGCAGCCCCUUUGACAAAGCCCAUCACCGCUAGAACAAGGAACAAACCAAAGAUUGGGCCGAACGACACAAGUGUUUCGAAGAAAGAUGAAGAUCAUUCAUACCAGGAAACCGACUUUCAGGGCGGUCAAAAUAAAGGCAAGAGCUCCUCCAAGAUCCAACAGCAAGCUGAGGAAGUCGUUUUGGCCACCCGAACGAGCGGCGAUGGCCAUAAUCUAAGAUGCCGUAGGUCCCCGUACCACAAAUAUCUGUCUUCGUGAUGAUUCAAAUAUAAAGCAUACCUCUUCCAUU